CAGGUAUCAAGGGUGGAGCUGUUUUCACCUGGACUCUCACAACCGGCAGGAGAGCGACUUUAAACUUCAACAAUGGCGUUAUAAACGGACUUUGGAGUGAUUUCACCGACAUAUAUAUUCACAACAUGAGCCAGCCGCCCAGGUCAAACCGGGCACACCGGGAGAGAAACGGGGACCGCCGACAGCGAGACCCGAGUAAUGACGGACGUUCAUCAUCCGACAGGCCUUCCUCCCGACCCCCAUCAUACCCCAGGACAGCCAGCUCCCGCUCCCAAACAGUCCCACGAGAGGAGCACCACGAGUCCAAAUGCUCACACAUUUGCUCCAGGAGAGGCAUCGUGCUGAUCUGCUCUGUACUGACCAACAGCCUGGUACUGAUGUGCGUGAUCGCAGCUCAGAUGGUCACAUCGGGCAUGACGUCCAUGGCCGCGAUGGGCAGCUUCGACAUCAACACCAACCUGAACAUGGAGGGCACCGAGCUGCAGAAGGCACGAGAGCUGGACAUGCAGUACAGCCAGAUGAGGGCGCCGGGCGUCUAUGGCGGCAUCCCCUUUGUCCUGAUUUUUGGGGUCACCUCGCUGUUGUUUGUGCUUGCUGGGAACAAACCGCCCCACGUGAUGUCCUGGAAGCUUCUGGUCGGAUCGCUGGUGUUUCAGGCUGUGGGCGCGGUGGUGUACGUGGUGGCCGUGGGGCUAUACCUGCACUUCGUCAUCAUGGUCAACUCCACAGAUGUGUGUAAGCAGCGUGAGAGGCUGUACGCACGGAGCGGCUACACCUGGAAGAACUGUGACGUGGGCGGGGCGGAUGCAUCCGUGGCUCUGUUUGGGCUUAUCACGGCCAUCCUAUACACCGCCGGCGCGGUGCUCACCUUCCAGACGGUUCGGAGAGUGAAGCGCUACAUGCAAGAGCGAAAACACAUAGAGGAAGAAAGACAGCAGGACCGAGAAAACAAACAGAGAGCCCCGCCGAGCUGGGCUGCAACCACCGUUCUGUAAGAGAUCCAGAUGUCCUGGCCUGUAUCACAAAUCAGAUUAGUGGGUUAACUAUCUUUGGGCUCGACUGAUGUUUUCUGGUUUCAUGAAGCUGGCUGACUUUAACCGGAGUAGACCACAAUGGAAAACUAACCUGUGCUGAAGCAGGUUAUGUUCAGAGCAUCAGAUUAAAACCGUAUCCAGCCCACCCUCUGACCAAUCAGGUCACUGAAAAAAAAGUACUGAGUUUACAAUAAUGUGGCAAAUAAUAAAGAGCAAUAGAGUUAGUUUAGGUUUUUGAUACCAAGGAGCCCCUGGAAGGUCACUUGAGGAAUUUAUUUUCUGAACUACUUCCGUCAUGUUUUGCAUAACCUUCAAUACUUUGUGCUUUUAUGGAUAUGACGGUAGCAUAGGGCAUGGAUGGAUCAUAAUGAGGGUAGGGUCGGUGUGGGGCUGGAUCACUGUAGCUAAUGUUAUAAUAACUAGUGGAGUCUCUACAUCGUGUUUUGACCUGCUGCUGAGGCUGCGGUUGUGACAGGCUGUAGAUGUGAUUAUGACUAUAUUUACUGGAUGGUUACAGGCUCACUUUGGCUGCUGCUGUGGCAUGUGACUGUGAAUGUGGGGGUUGUGUUCGUGCAGUGAAUUGAAAUGGUGCUGGCCGAUAUUGAACUCCUGUGAUGUAUUGCAACACAUCUGUCGUAUCUGAUAGAAGCUCAGGGUUCAAAGCGUGCGUGUCUGGCUUUACAACGCUUUCUUGGCUAAUGUUAAUACACCAGGAGCUUUAAAGAACAGCCACAGUUAGCGCAGUUAGUAGCCAUAUCCAUACAUAGGAACAGCUGCAGCCGUAACCCAAACCAUACCCCUGGUCAAAGCUUCAACCACAGCUCAAGUCUACAGCCAGGCAGAGCCAGCUUCAGCUGUGGUCACAGUGACUGCAUGUUGUCAGAGCUUGACCUUUACCUGUGGAUCAGGAAGCAUUGUGGGGUAAUGCAAAAGUAGUUCCAGGAAACAAAUUGUCCUACUGUGAGCUUUCAGUGGCUCCUUAGGAAUCCAUGUUAUGUCAAAGCUAGAAGAUUUUUAUUUUUUUUUUUAAAUGUGCCAAAAGAUGGUUUUAAAACAGGGCUUGUUUAAAAAAUAAAAUAAAAUAAAAAGCUGCCUAUUGAAGUAAUUAUUUUUUUUUUUUUUCCAUUUCUUACCGUGUCAACACUUUUA